AUGUAUGCAUUGUCUGUUAGUGCUGAGGGUAACUACUACUUGUGUGUGCCGCCUGACCCCGGUAUAGCCCCGGGUAUAGCGCCUGUGGCACUAGGUGCUUGUGAGUCUGUUCCCCCUGGUACUGCGUCCGCACAGGCCUUGCACACCUUCACACUUGACUCUGGUGCUUCCCGCUGUUUCUUUCGCGACAGCACCACAGUCACUCCCCUCCCUGCACCUGUUCCUGUCUCACUGGCUGACCCCUCUUGGGGCCCAGUGCUUGCACGGUCUUCCACUGUGCUUCCGUGUCCGGCGGUCCCGUCUGGUGAGCUGUCUGGUCUCCACCUCCCCUCGUUCUCUACGAACUUGCGUGUGGCGAUCUGCACGUGUUCCCGGACCGGCCGUCACCUGGAAACGUUCACACGUGCGCCUGGGACCAGUCUGUACACCCUCACCACUGCGUCACGCUCCACCCCUUUGUCUCCCCAGUUGUACGCGUCUGCUCAGGUAGCUACCCAGUGUGAGUGUCGCCGCCUGUCGCACGACACUCUCCUGUGGCACCACCGCCUUGGUCACCCCUCCCUGCCUCGCCUUCGUAGCAUGCACUCUCGCUCCCUGGUCUCUGGCCUUCCCAGGUCUCUGCCUACCCUCCCUCCCUCGCCUGCGCCGCCCUGCAUUCCUUGCAUCGAGGGGCGGCAGCGCGCCGCUCCUCAAUCCUCCUCGUUCCCUCCCACAGAGGCUCCACUGCAGACUCUCCACCUGGACGUGUGGGGCCCAGCCCGCGUCCGUGGACAGGGCCACGAGCGGUACUUCCUGCUGGUCGUCGACGACUACACGCGUUACACCACGGUCUUCCCCUUGCAGCGCAAGAGGGAGGUCCUUGAUGUUUUGAUCCCCUGGAUCCGCGCUGUUCGUCUCCAGCUCCGCGAGCGGUUCCACUCGGACUUUCCUGUCCUGCGUCUGCACUCUGACAGGGGUGGUGAGUUCUCCUCUGGCCUCUUGGCAGCCUUCUAUGCGGAGCACGGCAUCCGCCAGACGUUCACGCUUCCGGCCUCUCCGCAGCAGAAUGGGGUUGCUGAGCGCCGCAUUGGCUUAGUCAUGGAGGUCGCUCACCUCGCCCACACUGCUGUGGACGGGGAAGGUUGGCGAUGCGUCGCGUUUCCGGGUCUGGGGUGCUCGUGCCGCCAUACCACCGCGGACAAGCUCUCCGCCCGCGCUAUUCCCUGCGUCUUCCUUGGCUUUGUCCCUGACGCGCCUGGCUGGCAGUUUUACGACCCCGCCUCGCGCCGUGUCUUUGCGUCUCAGGAUGUCACCUUUGACGAGUCCGUCCCCUUUUACCGUCUCUUUCCCUACCGCACUGCCCCUCGCCCCCCCCCGCCGCUCUUCUUGCCCCAGGUCACUGGUGACUCAGGUCCUGCUGGGGGUGGUGUUGUCUUUGGGAGUGCUGGGCCUGGGGAAGCGGAGCUUGGGGGUGCUGAGCCUGGGGGUGCUGAGCCUAGGGGUGCUGAGCCUGGGGGUGCGGAGCCUGCGCGUGAGGACCCAGGAGGUACUGGGCCGGGGGGUGCAGAGUCUCAGGGCGCUGAGCCUGAGCGUGAGGAGCCUGGAGGUGCUGAGCCUGCGCGUGAGGAGCCUGGAGGUGCUGAGCCUGGGGGUGCUGCGUCUGGAGGUGCUGAGCCCGGGCGUGAGGAGCCUGGGGGUACUGAGUCUGGGGGUGCGACGCCUGAGGGUUCUGAGUCUGCUUCUGCGCGGUCUCCUUGGAGUAGCCGCCUUCGUCCACGUGUGCCUCUCACCUCACAGCAGCUGCACGACUGGUACGGUCGCCGUCAGGGUCGUGCUGCUGGAGCUCGGGGCUCUGCUGCUGGAGGUACUUCUGCUGACGUCACUGGAGCUGAGAGUUGUGCUGGUCCUUUGUCUCCUAGAGGUGCUGGAGUCGCUGGUCCCGGAGGUGCUCGUACUGGAGGUACUGGAGCUGCUGGGGCUGGAGGUACUGUGUCUGAGGGUGCUACUGCUGGAGACCCUGGGACUGGAGGUGCUGCUACUGGAGGCACUGGGGCUGGAGACCCUGGGCCUGGCGGUACUGGUUCUGGGGGAGCUGCAGCUGGUGGAGCUGAACUUGGAGGAGCUGGCGCUAAGGGUUCUAGAGCUGCUGGAGGUGCUGGAGCUGCUGCGGGUUCUGGAGCUGCUGUAGGUGUUAGAGCUGCUGAGGGUACUGGAGCUGCUGGAGGUACUGGAGCUGCUGGUGCUGGUGGCACUGCACAGCCGCGCCUCCUGGCUCGCCGCUGCCUGCUCCUUCUCCUUACACUGAGCAGACAGGGGGUUCUCCUUGAAGAGCGUCGUGAACCUGCGUCGCGUCCUGUCUCGCCUGUCCGUUCUGGUCGUUCCGGUCGUCGUGUUCCUCGUCCGCGUCAGCCGGCUGUCCUUGGCACCCACGGAGUAGUCUGUCAUCCUUCCUCUCCUCCGCAGCGUGUUUCUCUGCCUUCUCCCCCUGCGUCCUCUCUGCCUGACGUUGCGGACCCUGAGUCUGACCAGUUUCGUACUGAGCACCCUACUGUCACGCGUCUGUUAGCCACUGUUGUCACUGACCCGUCGUUUGAGUCCACUGCUGCGUCUGCCCUAGUUGCUGAGCUUGUCGACUUUGCUGCUGCCUGUCGUCUAGACUACGCUGCUAGUCUUGUUGCUGAGUCUGAGUCUGUCUCUCCUCCGUCCGUCGGGGGCACCUACGUCGAUGAGGUUCCCCCUCCCGGGGCGAACAUCGUCGACGGCAUGUGGAUUUUCAGGGUGAAGCGGCCGCCAGGUUCUCCGCCUGUCUUCAAGGCUCGUUACGUUGCACGAGGCUUCAGUCAGCGACAGGGAGUUGACUUCUUCCAGACCUUCUCCCCCACCCCGAAGAUGACCACUCUUCGGGUGCUGCUGCACAUAGCCGCUCAGCGAGACUACGAGCUUCACUCUCUUGACUUCAGCACAGCUUUCUUACAGGGCAGCCUGCACGAGGAGAUCUGGCUGCGCCGCCCGCCUGGCUUUUCUGGGUCGUUCCCUCCUGCUACCCAGUGGAGCCUCCGCCGGCCGGUCUACGGUCUCCGCCAGGCGCCACGUGAGUGGCACGACACACUGAGGACGACACUUGCGGCUCUUGGGUUUGCUCCUUCGACUGCUGACCCGUCACUGUUUCUGCGCACCGACACUUCGCUGCCGCUGUUCUACAUCCUCGUGUACGUCGACGACUUGGUCUUUGCCACUGCUGACACUGAGGCUCUCGCUCUGGUGAAGUCGGAGCUGCAGAAGAGACACACGUGCACAGACCUGGGUGAGCUGCGCAGCUACCUUGGCUUGCAGAUCACCCGGGACAGAGCACGCCGCACCAUCACAUUGACUCAGUCACACAUGGUGCAGCAGGUCCUUCAGCGCUUCGGCUUCACCUGGUCCUCACCACAGUCCACUCCUCUGGCUACAGGUCACUCGCUCUCAGCUCCACCUUCGGACGAGUCCGUAGAGCCGAGUGGUCCUUACCCAGAGCUGCACUCGUCCUGA